UCAAACACGUGGGUUUCUGGGGUUUGUUCCUCCUUCCUCUUCGGGGUUUCUUGGGUUCGUUCAUAGAAGAAAUUCAAACUCAUAAAUCGGCGGCGUUUCCUGAGUUUCUCGUUUACCCACCGGCGUCUCUUUUGUUCAUUCGCUUAGGUCAGUUUAUUCUAACUAUCAAUUUAUUUUUAGGUCAGUAUAUUGGUUCAUUCAAUCUCAGUCUAUAGCCUUUUUUUUUUUGGACAGUCUCAUAUUUUAAUCAGCUAUGACAAUCCUUUACAUGCAUAAACCAGUAGCAUGUGUUUGUCCCUCGAUAAUCUGGGAUUGCAUCUUAGAAUAGCGCAUGGCCUAUAAUUUGGUCACAGACAAAUUUUCACUGGUGAUUAUCGGUUUUCAUUUGAGCUUAAUCAAGUUGAUUAUCAAUAUGAAGAGUUUAUGUGUAUGAUUGCCGAAGCAUGAAUCUAGAAGCUGAAGGGAAGUAGUGAGUAAAACUGCUAUAGCAUUAUUUAGGCAGUAUAUAUAUUCCCUGGGAAAGUGAAAACCUCUGUGUCAUUUUAAUCAUGUCAGUUCAUUGGAAAAUUUUAAUCAUUUUAGUUAGGAACCUAGUAUUUAAGAGUGGCUGCCCUUUUUUUGCUUGUUUUUUAUUGCCCUAUGUCAAAAUGGAUAACCUUGUAAUUUUCCUUGUAUUAGGGGUGCUGCAACUUAUGUUUCUGAUGGAUCUCUUGUUUGUCUCUGGAUUGAUUUUCACUUUCAGAGUCAAAAUAUACUUAUAUUCAAGAUUUGUUUUGGUUACUGAUUCGGAUUAGUUUAAAUUGAUUAAGCUGAACUCACUGUCAAAAUUGAAUUUGUCAUUUUCUCUAUGAUAUAUUUUAUACUUGCCUCCAAUCCUGAAUUUCCAUUCUUUACUUUUUAUAAAGAGGCUAAUUUGCUAUGAUAUUUUAUUUUAAUAUCUCUGAUAUUGGUGUUUUGCCAUGGACAUGAUGGUAUUCUGAAAACAAAGUUGAUUUAAAACAGGUAAAAGUUGAUCUUGAGCUUGAGCUCAAGCUUAUUGAGCUCAAACUCAAGCUUGAGCUUGAGCCUAUCGAGCUUGAGUUUGAGCUUGUUUUAAUGAGAUUAUUGAGCUCGGCUCAUUUAAACCCCUACCAGCAACCACUUCUCCUCCCUUUCUCUUAGUUCUCUCCCUACUGCAACUCCAAAUUCCAACGCAUAUCUUGUAUCUCCAUGCUGAAUCAGGUUUUUAUUGACAACAUUCAGAUCUAUCUUCUCUGUUCUUUAACCAUUUAUUUGUUUUUUUAUGUUUUAUUAUAUGCUGCAUUACUCAUUAUUUCUUCUUGUUACAAAAUCUUGUCUUUUUAAGCUUUGAUUUUUUAGAGUAAAUCUGGGUUGUUCUUUAGCCUUUGAUGAAAUGAUGUGGGCAAGUGUAAGGCAAAAAAUUCUCUCUGGCACCUCCUCUGCUUCUUCGGUUUUAGAGCAAUCAUUGCUAGGUACUCAUUCUAAUUUGGCACCAUUAUCACGAUCUUACCCUAUUGCCUUGAAGUAGGUAACCAUGCUUGAGAUAUUGCCAUUUGAAAGACGAUCAAACAACUUACGAAAUAUUGAUUCCCAUGGUUACCUAAGAUUUCCAGUUGGUUCAAGGCCUGUAAGGGAAUUUAUUUCAUUUUGUCAGGUGUAUCCCUCCAUUUCUAUGCUGAGCAGGUCCUUUUUCUCAGAUACGCCUAAAACUUAUGUUCCACCUUCAAAAUCUUCAGCAACAGAAGGUGAAACAAGAUUAAGUGCCAGUGACUUGGGAGUAAGAAGGCAUGUUGCAAUGAGACUUCCCUUUGUUGAUGCAUUCCUGUUGAAAAUUAAGAAGAACAAAGAUCUGCUUGCUAACAAGAAAAUUUGGUCACGUAGAUCUGUUAUUUUACCAGAAUUUGUUGGUUACACAGUACGGAUUUACAACGGAAGAACUUUUGUCCGCUGUAAGAUAACUGAAGCAAAGGUUGGUCAUAAAUUUGGAGAAUUUGCUUACACACGAAAGCGAAGACUUCUUAGAGCAAGUACUGCAACAGACAAAAAGAAGGGGCCCAAGGGGAAAAAGUAGGCCAAGUGCAUAUGGGACAUAAGAAUCUUGUGCAAGGACUUUUAUCAGUUUGCUGAUAAUAACCCAGAAAGUCACAAAUCUUUUUUUCGUAUCUUCUUAGUUACUUCAAAAUUAACUCUACAAGACAUGAAUUGAAUAUUCUUGCCUUUCAUCAUCUUGAAACUUCUUGAACUAGUUUUUUUGUGAUUUUAAUUUAUAAUAGAAUCAGCCACAGCUGUUAACUCUUCUAACAGAA